AUGACAGACACAAAUGGUUAUUGCACAACCACAGAGUCGGUGUUACCUCCGUGUCGUAUCUGUGGUGAGAAAGCAUCUGGCUUUCACUAUGGUGUUAACACAUGCGAAGCAUGUAAGGGAUUUUUCCGUCGAAGUCUAAUGCGAAAAGAGGAAUACAAAUGUCCGGGAAUGUCAAAUUGUGAAAUUUGUCCUGGAAAAAGAAAUUCUUGUGCCUUUUGCAGAUUCAAAAAGUGCCUUGCAAUGGGGAUGUCAAAAGAAGCAAUAAAGACUGGCCGGUAUACACUGGAGAAACGUACCAAAGAUAUUCAAGAAGUGAAACGGUUACAACAAGCUGAGGCAUGUCCCAGCCCCGAGAACUGGGACCAUAUCCAAGAAAUUGAAUACUUGAUCUGUGUUAUCAUUAAAGCACAUAAAAUUUAUGGACAAGAUAUAAUGUUUGAUAAGGAAGAAAUAAAUAAACGGCAAACAGAAUAUUAUGAACAAUACAAACUGAAAGAGUCAGUAUUUGGGAGUUUACCAACAAUAUCAAAAGAAGAAUUUGAUUCCUUCUACCACAGUACUGGCAUUGAUCUUGACAACAGACUUCAUUUGAUGGAACUUUAUGCUAAAUCCAUGGAGGAAAGCAUUCGGCGAUUUGUGAACUUUGCUAAAACUAUUCCUAGUUUCACAAACUUAACUUUGAGUGACCAAAGUAGUUUAAUUAAAGCUUCAAGGUUUGAAUUUUGGUUUCUUGGAAGUUAUCGAUUAAUGAAUCCUGUAUUAAAAGUUGCUACUGGAUACAAUGGAGCCUGUUACCAUAUAGAAGAAUUAUCACGGAUAUGGGACAGAGACUUCUUGGAGGCUGUCUUCAGCUUCAGUGCAUGCCUACAAAAAUUAAAUCUUGAAGAUGAUGAAAUUGGUUUGAUUAGAGCCAUCAUUAUUAUGUCAGUAGACCGAUGCACACUUGAUGAACCGAAAAAAGUGGAAGACAUACAAUGGAAACUUGUGAAUUGUUUAGAUUACCAUCUAAACCAAAAAGACUCCACAAAUAAGAAGCGACUAGCAAAGAUCUUUGAUCGCCUCAUGUCGUUGCGGUCACUCACAGAAUGGAAUUUGAAGCUCAUACAUUCCAUGAAGGUGGAAUGGGCAGUCUUUAGACAAAAUCCUUUACUUUAUGAAAUUCUGACUGUAUGA